AUGCAGUCUGCCACCUUUCGAGGCUUCGCUGCCUCGACUCGACAUCACGACAUAGAUGUAGCGGCCUCGGAUCAUGCUGUCCAGUCUGACAUGUCUGCUAGUACAGAUCGAUUGAUGGAAAAGCUGGCGACCACGGCCUCUUCGCGUGAUGACGAUGAUAUGAAGGGAAGUGAUAGUUGGAACUUACAUAGCGACGCAUCGACGGUCUCGAGCAGAGUUACUACGCCCGAUCCACAACCACCGCCAAUAUCACGACCACCACUGUCUUCUCGUACAACCCAGACUCAUACUCCUCAUGUCAGCAGAACGCCUGCGAUACCUAUUCCCGGGGCCCUGCCGCCGCCGCCUCCUCCUCCCCGUCAUCGCGAUCCUCAAUACUUUCAACAAUUUAAUCAGCCUCGCCAAGUUUCUGAGUUUUCCCGCAACCCUGCGCCAGGCCCAAAUAUUGGUACGGACGAGGAAACACAUGCCUUGUCGCAAUCCUUUCCUCCACCAGAUGGCUUUUGCUGUGAUCGAGCUCCUCAGGCCCCCCUGCCGCACGCUUUCCCGCCGCCGCCGAGGUUCCUUGCGUCAAAAUUAGACGCAAACCACCAAAGAUUUUCAUUACCGGCAACGCACAGAAACUCACGACAACAAUCAGAAAGCAGUACAAACGUCUUGUUCCGGCAGUAUCCGACCCCGAGCAUCACGGGGUCUACUGAGAGCCCUAUGCAAGGUCCCAGCUGCUCCAGUCAAGUCUUCAACAAGACCCUACAGUUCAUACCGUGGCCUGACACCAGUAAAGAAGCAUCGAGCUCUGAAUAUAGCUCUCAGGAGGACACUUUUGCAUAUCGAAAUGCUAGGCAAUUCCCCCCUCAGCUUCCAGCUCAACCCAAUCACCAUUUAUCAACGAGACGAAACAGGUCAUUCGCCACAAACCGAAUCACAAACUGGGUAUCUGAGUAUGAAAAGUCACACGGUCCUGCUAGGUUACGGCGCCAAGAAGCGACCACGCCUGCAUUAUCUGAUCUCCUCGAAUCUGAAGCUGCAAGGUCCCAGUCAUCCGCUGUUUCAUCGCACGCCGCGGUGGAACACUUGUGGAAGCAACUAAAGCAGAAGAGGGCAAAAUUGCAAGACAUAAGGAAACAUAUGACACAACGACGACAAGAGCUACGGAAUUUACGGCUUCGAAAGGAUGAUGCUGACAAUGCAUUUAUGGCUGUUCUGCGUCCUUUGCUAGUGAGCCAACGGAGCGACGUCUUGUCAUCAUCUCUCAAAAUCCUUGACAGCCGUAUGGCUGCAAUGCUGAAACUGAGGGAGGAAUAUCAUUUCAGCGAAGCGAGCUAUGAAAGCCUAGAGCUGGACCUGGACGAGGAGGAGCAGGAGCUCAGUGGACUUGAGACCAAGUUUUUCAGCAUCUUAGCUGCGGGACAAGAUUGCCACGCAGAACAGUCUGAGCCGACUCGUACAAGCACUGCCGACACAACCCUCGACGCUGAUGCAGAAACUCCGUACUGCCUCAUUGGUAUAUCUGCUGACAAGACUUUGGAAGAUGUUCACCCCCUGUAUCACAAAUUUUCGACUGCUGUUGGCAAUUUGGAGAAUGCAAAGGAGGAAUAUGAGGAUUUAUUGUUUAUGAACUCUGAUUUCGAAAAGGAUCGAGCCCUGAGAGAAGGGACAGGCCGAAACAUAAAUCGGGACGCCGAAGAGUUCUUUGCCGAGCUGCCAAACCAGAAAUCGCGAAUGGAGGGUGUCAUCAACGCGCUUGAAAGCGAAGUACAGCGACUGAGACUGCUAUGUGAGGAGAAGGGGGCCAUGAAGAAGUUCUUGCCCCUACAAAUGUCUUACUUGUUGAACCCUGAUAUGGUAUAUGAGGACAUGGAGCUUGAAGACACUCGAGACAUUCUUAAAAAGUACACAACUGCAAAGCAUCCGCGCUAUUCCGAGCUACUCGCCCAGAAGAGUCACUUGCUGGGGGGCCCAGUGCCACUCACGGCGAAACAAGCCUUAUCGGCCGUAUUUGGUCUGCCGUAUAACGACCCCCUCAAAAGCCAAAAACAACAGCUUGCCGCAAAGGAAUAUGCGAUUGAGACUCUGGUUCAAAGCUACGACUCUGACAGCAAGGCGGAUCUGGUUAACCGCUGGAUACUCCAACAGCUGAGGCAGUCCCCCGUGAACGCGCUACUCCUGCAGUCUGUUUUUGGCUCAGAAUGCGGGCUCAAAGUUCGGGAUUACUGGCGAUGGCAGUGCGAUGUCCUCUAUUACUGGUGGCGAGAUGAUACUAUGUCGCCAGGCGAAGUGAUGGACAAGAACUACGGUAGCGACAUGUCAGAAUAUUCUGUGCGCCAAGGAAGUCCCCAGAGGUCCAGAGCCGCGUCCGAUGGCGAACUUCAAUUCAAUCCGACACUGAAAUCACCUCGACAUGUCAAAAGCAGUGAUAUCCUGCGAUCCAACUGA